CUCUUGUUUUCUGAAGAAUGGAUUGUAUGCCAAAAGAUCAAGCUAUUCAAUGGAUUCAUUCAUUGUUUGGAUCUUGCGUCUACGGAUACGCUGAACUCUCUAGUCAACUAUUUGGUUAUACAUCCUUAUUUUGCUGGCUGUGUGCUCAAUUACCUCAAAUGGUUGAAAACUAUCAAUUGCAGUCCGCUGAUGGACUUAGUUUAUAUUUACUGUACUUUUGGUUAGCAGGCGAUGUAGCAAAUACUGUCAGCUGCAUUUUAAACCGUCAGUUACCCUUUCAGAUUUAUUUGGCGUUUUACUUUUGUAUGACAGAUCUUGUGCUACUCUUUCAAUACUUUUAUUAUCGUAAAAGUUCUUUCAUUGAGUCAAAAGCUCAAGAAUUAUUUGCUACUGAGUCUCGAGAAAUAGUUGAAACGACCCCUAUUUUAUCAACUUCACCCACUUACGGAUCCGUAAAGAACUCUAAAAGGCAACUGUUAGCCUUAUUCUUGGUGUUUGGCUUUAAGAGUCAAUCUAGCUUGGUUGUCGAUUCAGUUGUCUUGGGUCGUUUGUUAGCAUGGGCGUGCACUACAUUCUAUUUAUCUUCUCGUAUACCACAAAUCAUAAAAAACCAUAAGCGUCAUUCCGUGGAAGGCUUGUCACUCGCACUGUUCAGCUUCGCCGUUGUUGGCAAUAUCACCUAUGCUCUUAGCAUUAUCCUUCAUCCAGGUCACACAAGAGAAACAUUCAUCAAUGCCCUUCCUUUCAUCAUUAGUGCAGCUGGCACCUUGCUCUUCGAUAUGAUUAUCUACAUUCAAUUCUUAUGGUACAAUAGUCAAAAGGAUAAAGUUAACUCAUUGAUACCAUAAUAUCUUGCUUCUUUUUAUAAUAAUGUAUAGAUUGUAAAUAGUUUCUUUAAAUAAACUACAUACAG